AUGGCUGCCUCAAUCUCGAGAAGUAUUAUUCGCUCUUUUGGAUCCUUGACCGCUUUAGGACGCAACAUUUCACCAAAUUUCGCUGCAAAUGGUUUAUCUUCUCUUUCUAGUGAUCUAAAGUGUGGAAUGGCUUUGCUUUCCAACCGGAAGCUCUCCACUUCUAUUUUGACUCCAGACUCAAGUGGCGAUGCAUUUCCUUAUGACUUGCUUACCAAAAAGACUCUGAUUUCACCAGAACGAACCCUAGGACAAUAUCAAGACUUGGUUAUUCCGGUGACAAAUUUCCAGAACGAAGACAAGGGUUUCAUGGUGUUAGCAGGUGAUGUCUUUGAUGUUCCAAUAAGGAAAGAUAUUAUCCACAAUGUCGUGAGAUGGCAGCUUGCGAAACGCCAGCAGGGAACUCAUUCGACCAAAACACUAAGUGAGGUUAGUGGAACUGGUAGAAAGCCAUGGAACCAGAAGGGUACAGGUCGAGCUCGGCACGGUACACUGCGUGGCCCUCAGUUCCGAGGAGGAUGUGUAAUGCAUGGGCCCAAACCGAGAAGCCAUGCCAUAAAGAUGAACAAGCAGGUUCGACGGCUUGGGCUCAAGAUAGCACUGACAGCUCGAGCCGCAGAAGGAAAACUCCUGGUGUUCGAUGAUUUGUCAUUGCCAACGCAUAAAACGAAGAACAUCGUGAAUUAUUACAAUCAAAUGGACAACACAAAGAAAGUACUCAUCGUGGAAGGCGGUCCUAUCGAUGAAAAGCUCAAGUUAGCCACCCAAAAUCUCCACUAUGUCAACAUAAUUCCAUCAAUAGGGCUUAACGUUUACAGCAUUCUGCUCCACGACACGCUUGUCAUGUCCCGUGAUGCUUUGAAUAGGAUCGUUGAGCGUAUGCACACUCCUAUUAACCGCUAG